AUGACUGCUUAUGUUAGAUAUUCUGCACCUUUUGGUUUAUACGCCUCUGCUUGGUCAACAAAACCUGAUCAUCAUUUAAAAUUUCGUUUAGCAGUUGGAAGUUUUAUUGAGGAAUAUAACAAUAAAGUUUCAAUAGUUCAGCUACAAGAAGAACAAGGAGAAUUUGCACAUAUUGGGACAUUUGAACAUCCUUAUCCAGCAACCAAAGUUUUGUGGAUUCCAGACCCAAAAGGAAAUUACCCAGAUUUAUUAGCUACAACAGGCGAUUAUUUGAGGCUUUGGCGUGCCAGUGGAGGAAUUCAAAAUAAUGGAAUUUCUUUGGAAGUUAGGCUUGAUAAUAAUCGUUCAUCUGAAUAUUGUGCACCCUUAACAUCAGCAGAUUGGAAUGAAAUAGACGUCUCUUUGAUUGCAACAUCAAGUAUUGACACAACUUGUACAAUUUGGCAAAUUGAGACAGGCCAAGCAAUAACAACAACAGAACGUGCAAUAGAAGGAAAUGUUAAAACACAAUUAAUUGCGCAUGACAAAGAAGUUUUUGAUGUUGAAUUUUCUAAACUUUCUUCUGGUCGGGAUAUUUUUGCUUCUGCUGGAGCUGAUGGAAGUAUUCGAAUGUUUGAUCUUCGCCAUAUGGAAUAUUCUACAAUUGUUUUUGAAGAACCUUCAAGAAAGCCAUUAUUAAGAUUAGCCUGGAAUAAACAAGAUCACAAUUUUCUUGCAACUUUUGCACAAAAUUCUAAUGAGAUUUUUAUUCUCGAUAUAAGAAUUCCUUCAAUGCCCGUUUCUGUCCUUAAAAAUCAUACUGGCUCUGUUAAUGGAAUUGCUUGGGCACCCCAUUCAGCGUGUCAUUUAGUUACUGCUGCAGAAGAUUGUCAAGCACUUAUUUGGGAUGUACACCAAAUUAGGGUGGAAGACCCAAUUUUGGCAUAUUUAGCUGGAGGGGAGAUUAAUCAAGUUUGUUGGUCAAGUACUUUAACCGAUUGGAUAUCUAUUUGUUAUGAUAAGAAUUUGGAACUUUUACGAGUUUAGAAGACGAAAAUGGAAGAGAAAAACAAAUUUUAAUUGUAUAUAAAUGAAAUGUAAAUAUAUGUAUGUAAAUAUUAAUAACUAGGGAGGGGAAAAAUAUGAACGCAAAAUUUCCCAAAAUAGCCACGAAAUAUGCAUCGAAAAAUAGUGAA